AAGUGUCACAUGACUCACAUCGUGUUCAUUUGUGUCUCUGACUAUAACCGGUUUUGAGUGAAAAAUUCAAGUCCCUGGCAAAGAAAUAUUUUGCUUCUGUUCUUUCACGUUAUGUUGCAAGUCUUUCUCUUUUUUUUAGUAUGGCUUUGUUGUUGAUUACAGUCAUUAGUCUGGUAAUGUGAGAGAUAGCAGGAGAUGGUUCAUUGCCCAACUUGUCGUCACCCCACUGUGAAAGAAUUUUAUCAAGAUACUGAACCACAAACUUUCGAAGAUGUCAACACCCUGGAAUGGGAACUGCAGAUACAGACUCAUCGUAAUGCGACUGGGUUGUUUGCUGAUGUACAUGGCGGUGGUCGACUCCCCAAAUGAAGAGUAUCGAAGGCCAACCACUUGAUUUGUAUUCCCCUCACGGUGAAGGUCGUGGGAAAAACAAAAAGUCACAAUGGAAGAAGACGGGGAAUUCGGGCGAUGGCUCAAUUACUCAAUUCGUUGCGGUUUCUGAAUAAUAAAGGGGCGGUGCUUCUUGCCACUUCUGAGCGUCUUAUCUGACUGGGCACAACGUGGUGGGAAACUGAUUUUAAAUUCAUGGAGUUUUUGGCAAGAUUACGAUUUCUUUGGAUGAAAAUAACCGCGACAUUUUGAAACAGGUAUUUGUGUUGUAGUUACGCCAGUGAUUUAUUCGCCAACGACUCGAUUGAUAUGUCAGCAAGCAAGAACAAUUGAAAGGUGGAUGAAGCCAAAACUGUGAAGGGAAAAGUACGACCUUCAAAUUGAUGAUCCCUCCUUCCAGGAUCAACUCACGCUGAAGGUCGACUGACUAUAGAGCCAAAAGCCGCCACCAGACGCAUCGAACGAAAAUCAGUUUUGAGAUCCUCCCCGAUUCCUUUUUUAAUUAAAGGGCGGUGGCUCAAUUCAACGCAGUUGAUGAACGAUAAAGGGGCGGUGCUUCUUGCGACUCUUGAGCGUCCUCACUCCGGCAAUAAAAAGGGAAGCCCAGCUCUUAAGUGAAUCACAAGUUUCAUCCAAGUCGAAACACGAACAACCCUGUGGAACAAUCAAGGAGAAUGUCGAGCAAUCGAAAAGGUUUUUCGACCGUCGUAUUAUUGGCGAUCGUGACUACUCUGUUGAGCUGCUGCUGCAGUCCAGCGUCCAGUUUCGCCUUCUUGCCUCGCGUCUCUCGCACAAAUGACGCCGUCAUCAUCGAUUUUGCCAGUGUGGGAUAUGCCUCUUACGACAAGUCGUUGUUCGGCCAAAUUGUCAGUCCAGGAUUCGUCCCGUUGCCAUCCUUCAAUCUCCACCCAAUGGCGUAUCGCCAGCAACAGCAGGACCCCAGUGGAUGGUCUUAUUCAUUCGGACAUCCUAGUCCGAUUGCAUUUGAAGAUGCCUGGUUCAGCAAGCAAGCAGUAGCGGCAACAACACAGUGCGGCAAAGGACCGACCGCCUUACCAAAACGGCCAUUGAUGAGCGAAAGGGUCACCGGCGGAGACGCGACCGAAGCCAAGGCGAAUGCCUGGCCGUUCUUGGUAACUCUGAGAAAAUACAGUGAAAACGCUCAAUUGCUGCAAAUCGGCAUUAAUUAUGACGAGUUUUGUAGCGGGACUUUGAUUUCUGACACGAAAGUUCUCUCGGCGGCCAGUUGCUUGGAAAAAAUGUCUCUGUAUGAGAUGUCUGGCGUGACCGUAGCGGCUGGGAUGACAAGUAAUAAGGAGACGGGGGUAGCCGACGUCCAAAUGACGAGGAGGAUCAGCAAAGUUGUCCUUCACAGCAAAUUCAAUGCCUUCACCCAUGCUAAUGACAUCGCCAUUAUAACACUGGACGCACCUGUAGUUCUUUCCAGGACUGUUGGAACUGUUUGUCUGCCGCCGGCCAGUACAGAAAUCGACCAAUACGCCGACCAAUCGGCUGUUAUUAUAGGAUGGGGAUUGCCAACCUCAGAAGCUCCAUUCAAUAAGCUGAGCCAAGGCACGGUUUCGAUUUUGCCCAACUCCGACUGCAAGGCGGACACAAAUUUUGGCAAAUAUGUUACCGACGCUAAUAUCUGUUUAAAAUCUGAGGACAUCAAAGCCAUAUGCGAUGAAGACAUUGGCGGCCCAGUAGUCGUCCUAUCGUCGCCGGGUAUUUGGACUCAAGUUGGAAUCAACAGCUACGUCAAAGAGGGUUGCGAGGUAACUAGCCUCCAAACCAGAGUGUCGGCGUUCAAGGCGUGGAUUGAUACGUACAGUGCGAAUUAGAAAGUGAACCAGCACGAAGAUAACGAAGACGACCCACAUGAUGUGACGCGACGCGAUUAUGAAAUUCAAAUUUUUUGUCUUGUAUUUUUCAAUUUGGUUUUGGGUGAUUCGCCUUAAUUAUUUCAAUUCCUUGUUGAUUCAUUUGACCAUUCUUGGAUCAGCAGUGCCCCUGGAAAGAGGAACCCAAUUGAUGGAUGUUGUUUCCAGUUGUUGUUACCCAGCCUCCCUUACUUUAUAGUUUAUACACAGUUAGACAGACA